CUCCCCGGCCGUUGUUAUUUAAUCAAGGACCUGCUCAGCGCAGAGUACUGACUCAACUCAAGAAGAAGCUCCAGCACUACAACUGAUCCAACGGCGUUGCAAGUGCAAGUAUCCAGCUAGUUGUGCAUUGCCACCGCAUUAGCUUGCAGCGCAGCGCCGGCGGUGUCGCUGGUGCCGGGGAAACAAUGGGGGUGUCUGCGGCUGUGCUGGCGGUGCUGCUCUUGUCGGCGGCGGCGGUGGUAGCGUCGGCCGGGCACCACGACUACGGCGACGCGCUCCACAAGAGCAUACUCUUCUUCGAGGGGCAGCGGUCCGGCAGGCUCCCUCCCGACCAGCGCCUCCGCUGGCGCCGCGACUCCGGCCUCCACGACGGCGCCGCCGCCGGCGUGGACCUGACGGGCGGGUACUACGACGCGGGCGACAACGUGAAGUUCGGGUUCCCGAUGGCGUUCACGGCGACGCUCAUGUCCUGGGGGCUGAUCGACUUUGGGCGCACCUUCGGCGGGCACCGGGAGGAGGCCCGGAAGGCGGUGCGGUGGGCGACGGACUACCUGAUGAAGACGACGGCGAAGCCCAACACGGUGUACGUGCAGGUCGGGGACGCCUCCAGGGACCACUCGUGCUGGGAGCGGCCCGAGGACAUGGACACGCCCCGCACCGUCUACAAGGUGGACCCGUCCCACCCGGGCUCCGACGUCGCCGCCGAGACCGCCGCCGCGCUCGCCGCGGGAUCCAUCGUCUUCCGCGAGGCCGACCCCGUCUACUCCCAGCGCCUCCUCGACCGCGCCAUGGCCGUCUUCAAGUUCGCGGACCGGUACCGCGGCGCGUACAGCAGCAGCCUGCACGACGCGGUGUGCCCCUGCUACUGCGACUUCGACGGGUACCAGGACGAGCUGCUGUGGGCGGCGGCGUGGCUGCACAAGGCGUCGCGCCGGAGGGAGUACCGCGAGUACAUCAAGCGGAACGAGGUGGUGCUCGGCGCCAGCGAGUCCAUCAACGAGUUCGGGUGGGACAACAAGCACGCCGGCAUCAACGUCCUCAUCUCCAAGGAGGUCCUAAUGGGGAAGGACGAGUACUUCCAGUCCUUCCGCGUCAACGCAAACAACUUCAUGUGCACCCUCCUCCCCGGCAUCUCCAAUCACCCCCAGAUCCAGUACUCCCCAGGCGGGCUGCUGUACAAGGUGGGGAGCAGCAACAUGCAGCACGUGACGUCGCUCUCCUUCCUCCUCCUCGCCUACUCCAACUACCUGAGCCACGCCGGCGCGCACGUGGCCUGCGGCGGCGGCGGCACGGCGGCGCCGGCCAAGCUCCGGCAGGUCGCCAAGCGGCAGGUGGACUACAUCCUCGGCGACAACCCGCUGCGCAUGUCCUACAUGGUCGGCUACGGCCCGCGCUUCCCGCGCCGCAUCCACCACCGCGCCAGCUCCAUCCCGUCCGUGGCCGCGCACCCGGGGAAGAUCGGCUGCAAGGCCGGCGCCGCCUACUACGCCAGCGCGGCGCCCAACCCGAACCUGCUCGUCGGCGCCGUCGUCGGCGGGCCGACCGACGCCACCGACGCGUUUCCUGAUGCGCGGGCAGUGUUCCAGCAGUCGGAGCCCACCACGUACAUCAACGCGCCGCUCAUGGGCCUCCUCGCCUACUUCUCGGCCCACCCCAACCCGGCCGAGUGGGCCGAUGAUUAAAACUCAAAAUACUUAUAUGCCUCUGACGUAAUAAUUCGUUAUUCCUUAAGAAAGAAAAGCAGGGCGUGAUGCUCCUCGUAAGUUAAGUAACUUAGCUAGUGGUAAUUACCUCCAUAUCCACUUCAUAUCCUGCGAAACCAAGACCAGGGAUGAAUGGGUCUACAAUGUUGUUGUAGUCUUAUAUAGUAGGCUAUACUUGUAAGAUUAAUUUAUCGGGCUAGUCGUAAGUACACUGUCACUGUGUAAGAUGUUCUAGGAAGUGGAAUAUGAAAAUUGCAGUUUCAACACU